AUGACCUUUCCCAUAGCGACCCUCCUUCAUCCCGUCGUAUCACAAGCCCUGGCCGACGCCGAACAAAAAGCGAAAAACGGGAUUCUGGAGACUCUACCUGGACACAGAGAUAUGGCCUUACGACCCGAAGAGAACACCAGCGGCCCUCUCGUAGCCACUUCAACGUCUCCAAAACCGGCAGAUGAAGUCAGCUUUCCACUACCCCUACUGUCUUCACCCACCAGUCCACCUCAAGAUCCACACACACCCACUCACGUAGCCCUUACACCAGACGCCGAAUUCCUGAUCAUCGAAGCCGAACUCGCAAACUGUCAAUUGACACGAGAAGCGCUACAAAGACGCGAAUCCGCACUCAAAGAACGCAAAGCAGAAAUCGUACGGGAAACCAAAAUGCGGCUUGACAAGGAGGUGCGAGAUUUGACGGCGCAAGACCAAGAAGAGAUCGACCAAGGACUGUUCAUGCGCGAUGUGCAGCGGAGAGUGGACACGAAGUUAAAGGGGGCAGGAACAGAAGAUGAAGCUGCACCGGAGAAAGUGGACCAAGCAGCGCAAGUGGAAGAGAAGAAAACUGUCCCCAUCAGUGCGCCAGAGCGGAGGAGACUUGCCCGUCUUGCACUGUUGAAGCAAGACCCUAGGCUAGGAAGAUGA